AUUCAGUAUUACACCUGCAUUGAUUAGAUUGCGACAAUUCUCUGCUACUAAAAACGUUUUUAUUUCCGACUUCGCAAAAGCUCUCUGGUCCUCCGACGAUGGCGUCGACAGAGCAGACAUUCAGUUCCUACGAUCGUAAACAAGGCAAUGCGUACGCCAGCGCCCGUCGAGAUUAUCACCCUAAUCUAUAUAAAACGGUUCUAGAUUUUCACUCAGCAACCGGCGGGCAGAACAAUGUUCUCGUUGACGUUGGAACCGGGCCUGGCAAUGUUGCCCGCACAUUGGCACAACACUUCUCCACAGUAGUUGGGCUUGAUCCGUCUCAGGGAAUGAUUCAAACUGCUAUUUCACUCGGAGGCGAAACUAUGAAUGCCAUCCCAAUCCGUUAUGAGAUCUCUACGGCCGAAGAGCUGGGUAGUAAUCUCUCUUCUCCAAUUGAAUCGAAUAGUGUGGACUUGAUCACAGCGGCAAAUGCUGCUCACUGGUUUGACAUGCCACGCUUCUGGGAAAGCGCUGCUCGUAUCUUGAGGCCAGGAGGAAGUGUUAUCUUAUGGAUGUCGGGAGAAGUCAGCGCACACCCAGAUAUGCCGAACGCAGAAGCAGUUCAAGCUGCUUUAGACAAGCACCGAUUCGAGUACCUUCGGCCCUACUAUGCUCGAGGCAACCUUCUUACAAGAAGCCGCUAUCGCGAUCUCGAGCUUCCCUGGACGCUUGCUCAGCCGGUAUCCGAGUUUGAUGAAAGCAAAUUUGUUCGUAAAGAAGAUAAUAAAGAAUACUACGCGGGCAAUUCAGACAUAGACAUGGACACACUGGAGAGAAUCAUGUCCACGGCAAGCCCAGUAACUCGCUGGCGCCAGGCCAAUCCAGAACUUGUUGGCACCAGCAAGGAUGUAUUAGCUGUGCUUCGGAGAGAGAUUGAACAGUUGUUACAGCAGGCCGGUGUAGAAAAGGGACACGAAAGGGUAAAGGGUAGUGUCCGAGGCGCCCUCCUCGUUGUAAAGAAGAAGAUAUGAUUGCCACAACCCUA